AUGCUGUCAAAUAUCGACGAGAAAGAGAAUUUAGCUCGUAUGCAGCGAGGUGAGCUUUAUUACGCAUUUACUCCGGAGCUCGUCGCAGCACGGAAACGAUGUGCCGCCGCUGUUGGUCGACUUAACCGGGCAGGCGAGCUAUCGCGACGAGAGCUGGCGACACACUGGAAAGAAAUCACCAACGACGAUCGGCCUUUGCCGCCUCCCGGUGCGACGGAGGAAGAAGAGGAUGCAAUCUUACAUGAAUAUCCAUGGAUCGAACGACCUAUAAACAUUGACUAUGGAACAAACAUCCAAAUCGGUAGCAAUGUUUUUAUCAACUUCAAUUGCACGUUCCUGGACACAUGUACUGUGUCGAUUGGCGCCCGUACCCUCGUCGGUCCCAAUGUGUGCUUUUUCAGCGGGACCCAUCCUUUAGACCCUGACCUGCGAAAUGGCACCAAUGGGCCGGAGUUGGGUCGGCCCAUCGUUGUUGGCGAAGAUUGCUGGAUCGCCGGCAAUGUGGUCAUUCUACCAGGCGUAACGAUUGGCGAUGGAUGCACCGUCGGCGCCGGUAGUGUCGUCACGAAGGAUGUCCCUGAGUGUCACGUGGUAGCAGGGAACCCUGCGAAGAUCAUCCGUAAGGUCGAGCGCUCUGGCAAGCCAAUGCUUCAGAAUGGCGUACCAAACUCGGCCUAG